AUCUCGGCAAUCACAUGACGAGACUUACAGACCCUAUUCACGGAAUUUCCGCUUGUUUCAGAUCACGGGCUUACAGAUUUCCCCCGUUUCAUUAUGUAAACAAUCAAAUGUCGCAUUUCGGUAAACUGGUAUUGUCAACUACGUGCACUGGUUUGGGAAUUGUUAUAGGGUCGUAUUGUGGACUUAGUAGCCAUUUCCAUCAUCAAUCGAACGAAAAACUCGGAGACUUCAAGGACGAUAAUUGUGUAACCGCGUCUCCUCUCUCAGAAACGUUAAAAUCCUACCUUCCAGUUUCUACGGUGUGUGCCUCUUGUUGGGUUGGUAUUAAACCAAAGUCUCCAAAUCCUUUUCAGGAGAUAUCUGUUUUUGAAGGGUAUCGGCGUGAUCCAUUCCGUACUUUCGAAAAUUAUGUGGUCCAUUAUGACAGGCGGAAUAAAGUUCCACGCUGGGUAUUCGAAAUCAUAACGAAAGAGCAAGUCGAUAAGAAUGACAAUGUCACUAGAAACGCGUGCAGCUUUACAGAAGAUCUCGACGUCCACCCAUUUUUCCGUUCUACCAAUGCAGAUUACGAGGGAAGUGGGUAUGAUAGAGGACAUAUGGCAGCUGCAAGCAACCACAGAAAUUCGCAGAAAGCCAUGAAUGACACAUUUUGUCUCAGUAACAUUGCACCGCAGGUCGGCAAGGGCUUUAAUCAAGGUGUAUGGAAAGAUCUUGAAAAGUACACAAGGGCAUUGGCAAGGAAAUACACACAUGUAUAUGUGUGUUCUGGGCCUUUAUAUUUACCCAGUAGAGAAGCAGACGGUAAACUAUACGUGAAGUACGAGGUGAUUGGCAAAAACCACGUGUCUGUUCCAACUCACUUUUUCAAAGUUAUCGUCAUGGAGAAUGAUAAAGGGGAGUUUGAAAUGAAUUCGUUUAAAGUACCCAACGAGAACACGGAGAGCACACCGCUGACGAAUUUCCUGGCUCCGAUAGAAGAAAUAGAAAGAGCAGCUGGUUUUAUGUUAUUUGAGGGAGUACCUAAACGUAAACUGAAGAAAAUAAAUGGAAUGAAGGUUUAAAGACAAAUGUAGAAGGGAAAUGGGUCAAUUAUGAUUUUAUUACAACUGGUUAAUAAUUUGACCUGUAUAAGGAAAAAAAUCGAACGAAGUGGAAAGACGUGCUACUUCAUUUUAUCCAUUGCAUAUUAAACGCGAAAUGUACUUUAAGGAGGUGUACUACAUCAUCAUAAUGGAAUGAAUGAAAAUAUAAAUAUCAGCAAUAUUUGUCUAUUCGUUUUAUAUUUAAAUGCCUAGCUGGUUAACAUGUCGACUGCAAAUCUGUAGGUCCGACUCCAGCAGGGGUCUUCAAUUUUUUUGUUCAAAUUACUUUGACUAAAACUGCAAUUCGUAUUUUUAAAAUAAAGUAAAUUUGUUUUCAAGUUCAAAGUAGUGUUUUAUAUAUCCUCCACUUUUCAUCCAUAUCAAAUUUCUCUGGUGUAGCAUUCCUCCUUUAAAUUUAUCAGACUUGGGGCACACUUAAAGUUUAACCAAUUGGUAGGACUUCUGGUCUACUUGCGUAUACGGUAAGUAGUGUAUUUGCCGAUUGUUAUUUUUGCAGAAGGCUUUAUGCAUAUAUGUUUCAAUUUUCUGUGUAAAAUAGUUAUACUCUGAGAACAUUGUAAAUAAUUGAUCAUAAUCAUUUGUGAUGGCAGUCACGUCGGGUGGCAACCACCUUGGCGGAUCCAACAAUUUAUUCAAAGACAGAAAGGACCGUCGUGAGAACACUGUAGUAGUAAGUGUUUGAGAAAAUUAUCUCAUCAAACCCGAGGGAAUGUAUCCAAUUUCUCAAUGAACUGUGGUUUUGGGUGUCUUUUAAUAUGCAUAUAUGUGCCUAAAUCGGAUAAUUUGUAUGAACUUGCUCUUGAUAGGAAUGCACCAACACAAUAUUUGCUGGAAGAAAUUAGAAUUGGCAACGAUGUACAUAUAAUAUAUGAAUGUCGUGACGUUGUACAGACUUCACUGAUUGUAAUUUUUUUUUUACACCGACCCGCUAACAUAGAUAAUGAAGAGAUAGAGCAAACUUUAACAUUAAUGGGUGUUAAAUUGUUGUCACGUAUUAACAAACGAGUUCAUCCUGGAACUACAAUUGCCGACGGAACAUGGUAUGUUAAGGUGAAACUACCUCCUCAUAUGUCCUCAUUUCACUACACUGUGAAAUUUCAAAAGGAUUAUAAGUGUAUUCAUAAUAGUCAAAUGAAAGUGUGUUCGCUGUGUUACGGGAGUGAUCAUUUAUUUAGAGCAUGUCCAAAAAAAGUGGAAACAGCAAUGAGGAAUUGGAAGGAAGUGUUUGAGGUUGAACAAGAGAACGUUUUAGAGGGUAACACAAACAUGGAAGCAGAAGUUGCGAACGAAGGGGUACAGCAAGAGGAUGAACGAAUCGCUUAUUGCGGAAACAAAAACAAAACAAAAAAAGAUAAUAUUUAAAAAAAAAAAAAAAAAAACAUACGGAAAGGGAACAUCAAAGUAUUGUGAAUGAAAGUGAUAAAGUGAAUGUCUACCAAUAAAAACUCUGAUGGUGAAAACGAAAUUCAAGAGCGGAAGUUGAAUGGAGGCGUGAAUAUAUUUAUCAAUGAAAAAACCUCUCAGGAUCGUGAAAACAGUCAAGAGCGGAGGGAGAGUGCCUCUAAUGCGGGGACAGAUUCGGGAAAUGAAAUUAUCAUCGUAGAAGCGUAGUAGGAAAAGCAAAAUGAAGAAAAGAAACGCGAAAAAGAAUAAAUUAAAUGGAGAGAAUUGACUCUUUCUUAUUUACAAUUAUGGUAAUGGUAACUUCGUGAAACUGUAAUAGAUUGUGUAAUGUGAAUAAGUUGAAAAUGAUCUUUAGUUUGUUGGAUGAAAGGAAGCAGGACAUUAUACUGGUUUCACAAGAAACUCAGUGGGGAGAUGACUUCAUUGAAAAAUAUAAACAUUUAUGGAAAGGAAGUAUCAUUUACAAUAACUCGCCAAAGGAUAUAGCUUUUUUUAUUAUAAGAAAUGGAUUAAAAGAUAAUAUCCAGUA